AUCAUUCCAUGGGAUUCCCCAAAGCAACUGUCCGAUCCCAUCGCGAUGGCACCGCCGCCGCAGGAGCCAAUCCACCGCCACUGACGUAACCCGAUCCAUGGAAGCACUAGGAUCUUCCGAUUACCCCCCUCCUCCUCCCACCUUCCUCCGCUCCACCCGCCAUAUCCUCGCCUCCCUCGUCGGCGCAAACCACACCUCCGCCCGCUUCUGCUCCCGCUAGCACCACCACCAGCACCGGACCCCUUCCCUUCGCUUCGCCUCCCUCACCAGGGGUGACGGGGGCAUGGACCCCUCCUCCCCGCCGCGGCGCUGCUCCCUCCUCCUCCGCCUGCUCCUCCUCGCCGUCGCCGCCCUCGCGCUCCGUCUCCUCUACGGCGCCUUCCUCUCCGUCUCCGCCGGGCCCGCAGGCUGGCCGCUCUACCGCCCCGCCGCCACCGCCACAACCACCACGCGGAGGAGGACCCACGUCGUCCAGGCCGACGUCCCGUCGCCGGAGGUCUGGCGCACCCGCCACUGGCGCAGGGCCGUCGACUACCACGCGGCCAUCCUCGCGCCGCACAUCGCCGCCGGCGCCCUCGCGCCCGCGUCCCGCGCCGUCUGCCUGGGCGGCCCGCAGGAGGCGCUCGCGAUGCGGGAGCUCGGCGUCGCCAAAGCCGUCGCCGUCGGCAGGAGGCGUGCGCCACCGCUCGUCGUCGCGGGGGGCGACCGGAGACUGCCGUUCGACUCGUCGUCCGCCGACUUCGUCUUCGCGGGGCGCGCCCUCGACGCCGCCAAGCGCCCGGCCGACCUCGCCGCCGAGGCCGCGCGGAUCCUCAAGCCCGACGGCCAUCUCGUCGUGCUCACGUCCAGCGCCGCCGACGCCUACAGCCUCCGCUCGAUCCAGGCGCUCCUACCGACGCUCCGCCUCGUCCAAUCUCGCGAGAUCGACGCCCAGGACGACGGCGACUCCUCCACACUCAGGGAACUUGUCUUCCAGAAGAAUCCCCAUCCUACGGGCACGGGCGCGGGCAAUUCAUCAGUGAACAACUGCUCGGUUGGGGAUCACAGGCGCCAGCUCCUCGCGCACGCCGAGCCACUCAUCCAGGAGGAGCCGCUCAAGCCGUGGAUCACGCUAAAGAGAAACAUCAAGAACAUCAAGUACCUCCCGGCGCUGGCCGAUAUCAGCUUCAAGCGCCGGUACCUGUAUGUCGACGUUGGCGCGCGCAGCUACGGCUCCAGUAUCGGCAGCUGGUUCCGCAAGCAGUACCCUAAGCAGAACCACACCUUCCAGGUGUUCGCCAUCGAAGCUGAUCCGGCGUUCCACUCUGAGUACGCGGCAAAGAAGGGUGUCACGUUGCUUCCUUACGCAGCCUGGGUCAAGAACGAGACACUCAGAUUCGAGAUCAAUGGCGAUCCUGGAAAGGAGGACGAGGCCAAGGCCAAUGGCCGUGGCAUGGGGCGCAUCCGCCCUGCUACCGGGAAGAAGAUGAACGGCGAGGUCAGGAGUGUCCCUGCGUUUGACUUUGCCGAGUGGUUGAGGCAGACCGUGACGGAGCAGGACUACGUGGUGAUGAAGAUGGAUGUGGAGGGGACCGAGUUCGAUUUGAUCCCGAGGCUGUUCGACACGGGCGCAAUCUGCUUGGUCGACGAGCUUUUCCUGGAGUGCCAUUACAAUCGGUGGCAGAAGUGCUGCCCUGGUGAGCGGUCGCCCAAGUAUGAGAACACCUACGAGGAGUGCUUGGACCUUUUCAGCUCGCUGCGGGAGAGUGGCGUUCUCGUGCAUCAGUGGUGGUAAAGGCUUCACUGGUAAUUUCUCCGGUACAGCCGUUUGGAAAUACUAUAUUGCAGCGCAGAUAGAGUCCAAAGACAGGUGACAAAAGGUUUUGAUUUCCACACUGUAUUCAUUUUUUUAUGCUGUUUAGAUUGUGUUGGUUAAUUUUAAAGGAGUAAGGUGAAGUGGAGUGAACGAAAUGUACUUAGGGGGUAGUUGCAUUCCCAGUAAAAAAUCAAUGUGCCUUGCAAACAAUUGGAAUGAAUGAAUGAUACACACAUGAUUCAAAG